ACUAAUAUUAAUGUUAAGGUAAUCCUGGCUAUGGAUGAAGGGCAGUAUGAUGGCAAGGUUGACGUCUGGUCUCUAGGAAUCACGUGUAUAGAACUAGCGGAGAGAAAACCUCCCUACUUCAACAUGAACGCUAUGUCCGCCCUCUACCAUAUAGCGCAGAACGAGCCCCCCAGUUUAUCUGACCCGGCCUGGUCGGACGUUUUCAAACAUUUUGUCGACGCUUGCCUGGAGAAGAAUCCAUUGGAACGACCUACUUCAGAAAGACUGACUCAGCAUCAAUUUGUUGCUCACGUUCAAGCCCGGUCCGUCCUGAUAGACCUGAUCGCCAGGACGAAGAACGCGGUGAGGGACUUGGACAACUUGAACUACAGAAAGAUGAAGAAGAUCCUUAUGGCGGAGAUGAUAGAGACAGAGAGCAACGCGGGACAGGAUAUUGAAGAUGAUAUUUCUAGCAUACAGGAUGGAGAAGCUGAAGGAUCUAGUAAAUCAAAUAGUAUAACUAGUGAGCAUAGUUUACAAUCACAAGGAAUUACAAGCUCUGCUGGUUCUUCAACAAACAGUUUACCAGUGGGUGGGGCCGAGGGCGGGGCAGGGCAUAAUCAUUCUCCUCUACAGUACGCUAUCCAUAACUCCCAUACAGCCAGGAGCAAACCAUCACCUAAUCAGUUGAAUCCUCGUAAGCUGACCGUGUCGCCUAGCUACGAUGAAGGUACGAUUGAUCCUAAAAACUUCGCAACAAUCCGAACAACUUCCAUCGUUCAGCGCCAACAAAAGGAACAUCUACAGGAGGAGAUGCAUGAGCAGAUGUCAGGAUACAAGCGUCUACGCAGAGAUCAUCAGGCCUCACUCUUGAAACUUGAAGAACAGUGUAGACAAGAGAUGGAGAAACAUAAGCAACAGUUAGACAGGGAGUAUGAGACUCUGCUGACCCAGUUUAGUAAAGAACUUGAGAAGCUUCAGCUGAAACAUCAGGAGGAGCUGGGGAAGAGGUUGAAGAUGAACAUCAACACAGAGAAGAAACUGAUCAAGGAGGUGUCAACCAAUCAUGAUACUGAGAGAAAGAGUUUUGAAGUGAAAAUGAAAGCUGAGUAUAAGCUAAAGAAGGAUCGAUGGAAGAGAGAAAUGGAGAACCAGGAAACACCAAAGAGUCAGAGAAAUCAAGCUUUGUUGCAGCACAAAGAGAACUUCAAGGAACUGGAUGCAGUAGAAUCUGCUCGAUUGCAGCGGAGUCAGAAGGAUCAUUUAGAUUAUGAAAUACGGAAAUUCAGACGGAGACGGUUAAUCAUCUAUCAUGAUCUAGAACAAGAUCUACUCAGAGAGGAGUUGAAAAAGAGACAAGCCCAGCUUGAAUCUGCACAUUCAAUGCUUCUCAGGCAUCAUGAGAUGACACAGGAGCUUGAAACCCGUCAGCAGAGAAGUGUACACGGACUGCGUGAAGGUCAACUCACAAAACAACAUCAAACAGAACUAACUAACCAGGAUGAAUACAUACAGAGAUCAAAACGAGAAUUGAAGAAAAAACACGCCAUGGAGAUCAAACAGCAACCCAAGAGCUUAAAGCAAAAAGAAAUCCUUAUUAGAAAACAAUUCCGAGAUACGUGUAAAAUUCAAACUCGGCAAUAUAAGGCCUUAAAAAUUCAGGUACUGCAGACUACUGCUAAAGAAGAUCAGAAGAUUGUUCUGAAGAAGUUAAAGGAAGAACAGAGAAGGAAGAUGGCGCUGUUGGGAGAACAGUAUGAACAAACUAUUGCAGAGAUGCUGCAGAAACAAUCUAUCCGCCUGGACGAGUCCCAGGAAAUGGAAGCUACACAGCUAGGGGAGAGAUUACAGAGAGAACUGGAAAUACUCACAGCUUAUCAAAGCAAAUCUAGAAUGGCAGCUGAAGGUCAGCGGUCGCGUGAGCGGCGCGAGCUGGAGGAACGGGUUAGCGUUCGACGAGCUCUACUGGGACAAAAGAUGGAAGAGGAGAGUAGUCAGUUCCUUCAAGAGCGAGGGGAGAGAAUCAGGCUGUUACAUGACCGGCAGGCGAGGGAGGUGGAUCAGUUCGACGAGGAGAGUGCCAGGCUCGGUUUUAGUGCAAUGAAUAUUGCGGAGAGCAGUCGAGAAGUUGGAUACG